CGCAUCAUUUUCCGCACGUUGGCCGACGUCGGUGUCUCCCUGUCUGCACGUUACUCAUUGUAGGCGCUUUGCAUAAGGGAGUUGCUUGCUUUCGUCCUAACGGUGUGACCGACACUACCUGAAGUCAUGGCUGAGCAGGUGGCUGCCACGUGUGAUCAGCUUAUGAAAGCCGUGAUGGUGAUAAUGGACGCAGAAACGAGCCAGAUUUACCGGCUGGAGGCCCUGAAGUUCUGCGAGGAAUUUAAAGAGACAAGCACCCUCUGUGUCCCAUGUGGCCUGCAAUUAGCAGACACGAGUCGCCCGGCGGUAGUGAGACACUUUGGCUUGCAAAUACUGGAGCACGUCAUCAAGUUCCGAUGGAACAACAUGCAGCAGCAAGAGAAAGUCCAGUUGAAGGAGUGUGCCAUGCAGCUGCUGACAAAUGGUACCCUUUCUAUUCUGGAGGAAGAGAGCCACGUCAAAGAUGCCCUAUCCCGGAUAGUAGUGGAAAUGAUCAAAAGGGAAUGGCCCCAGCAUUGGCCUGAUAUGCUGAAGGAGAUGGAGACGCUCUCCAGCCAAGGGGAGGCACAGACAGAGCUGGUCAUGCUAAUCCUUCUGAGGCUGGCGGAGGAUGUGAUCACCUUCCAGACGCUGCCCUCACAGCGCCGUAGAGACAUCCAGCAGACGCUCACCCAGAACAUGGACAGCAUCUUCACUUUCAUGUUGGCCAUUUUGCGCGUCAAUGUCGAGGCCUACCGCAAAUUGAAAGAGGAACCAGGGUGUGAACUGCAGGCCAAAGCUCACUGUCGAGUUGCCAUCGCCACGCUGAAUACGCUCGCAGGCUACAUAGAUUGGGUGACGCUGGUGCACAUCACUUCUAGAAAUUGCCAACUGCUGGAGAUGCUGUGUCUGUUGCUGAGUGAACCCGAGCUGCAGCUGGAGGCUUCAGAGUGCCUGCUCAUUGCUUUGAGCCGCAAGGGAAAACUGGAGGAGAGGAAGCCCUUCAUGCUGCUGUUCAAUGACGUGGCCAUCCAGUACAUCCUCUCUGCAGCACAAUCAGCGGACGGUUUGGCAAUCUGUCAAAACUCCUCAAAUUCACAAGCGAUGGAUGCAGUGGAUGUGGUGGAGCGGCGCUACGUGUUCCUGAAGAGACUCUGUCAGGUGCUGUGCGCUCUCGGAUUCCAGCUCUGCUCAUUAGUGAGUUCGUGUCCAGAGGUGGAAGUUCCUGCGAAUCUCAGCAAGUACACCGAAGCCUUAUUAGCCUUCACCACACAUUCCAGUCAGUUUUUAAAAUCAUGCACUGUGUCAACGUGGGCCAGUUUGUUCAGACACGAGACUCUGUCAAAAGUCCCUGUCGUGGUGGAGGUGGCCAUCAGGUACCUCAAAGUAUCAACAACCAACCUUGUUAAGACUGGCUUUCCCUCUAGAGAAGACAGCCCAAGCUGUGUGUACUCUCGAAUGGACUUUGACAGCGACGAGGACUUCAACUCUUUCUUUUCCACUUAUCGAUCGCAGAACGGGGAGGUUUUGCGGACUCUAAGUCGUAUUGUUCCAGUAGAAGCGUUCCAGACGGCAUCAGAAUGGCUACGGUUUCAGAUCGCCAGUCCAGUUGAUCCUGUAGACGCCGCAUCUAAGAGUGCAGAGGGUCUGUGUUCCUUGAUGUCUCCGUCUGUCCUUCAGUGGGAUGCGGUCACAGUCUUCAUUGAGUGUGUGAUGCAUCAGAUCUUCAAAAGUCUGGAUGAGGAGAAGUUGCCAAUAGAUCAGAGCAUGGAGCUCCUCCAGGCCGUCCUGAACUACGAAACCAGGAACCCGCUCAUCCUGUCCUGUGUGCUGAGCAACAUCUCUGCCCUCUUUCCUUUCGCCACCCACAGGCCGCAGUUCCUGCCACAGGUUCUCUACAAGCUAUUCAAAGCAGUCACCUUUCAUACCGAUUUAGAAAACAAGGCGCCUCGGAGUCGAGCUGUGAAGAAUGUUCGGAGACACGCCUGCUCGGCCAUCAUUAAAAUCUGUCGGGAUUACCCACAGUUCAUCUUGCCCUGCUUCGACAUGUUCUACAGCCACGUGAAAGAGUUGUUUUCGAACGAAGCCACGCUGACUUACUUGGAGAAAUGCUCCCAGAUGGAAGCGCUGGUGCUCAUCAGUAACCAGUUUAAAGACUUUGAAAAGCAAAAAGCUUUUCUAGAUGAGCUCAUGGCCUCAAUAAUCACCCAGUGGACCUCUGAGGAGAUGACCAGUUUGCUUGCAGAUCCGGUCAAGUUCCUGUCAUUUGUUGGAGCAGAUAAAGUGGUCGCGGAGCAAAGAGAAGAGGGAGAUGCAGCAGGACCUAACAGGGGUCAAUUGAGCUUCUGUUUGUAUGCGAUGCUUGCGGUGGUGAAGCGCGCGCGCUGGCCUGCAGACCUGGAAGAAGCAAGAGCCGGUGGCUUCGUGGUGGGCUACACCCCUGCUGGAGCCCCUAUCUACAGAAACCCCUGUGCAGCUCAGUUUCUGGCCUUCCUGCCCAACCUGCUGGCUUUAAUAAGAACUCAGAACAGUUUAUUUAUGCCGGAGAAUGUCGCUCGUCUUAGUGAGACCUUCUCCAGAGCCUAUGAUGUGAUCGAUGGAGAUAAACUCAUAAUCCUUGGUCUCCCACAGCCUCCUCUGGAUAUUUACGACGCUCCUGCCUAUAAAAGCGCCCUAGAUCGCAUGCAGGGAUUUUUCAACUCGUUAUUUGAAAACUGCUUCCACAUCCUGGGCAACGCAGGUCCGGCGCUGCUGCAGGACUUCUACACCGUUGAGAGGCUCGCCGAAGGAAUCAUUGGCUCUGCCUUCGCGUCCCUCGACCACGUGCCGGACCACAGACUUCGCUCAAUGAUUCGGCUGUUCCUGAAGCAGCUGGUGCUCUACUGUCCUCCAGAGUAUCACGACAGCCUGCUGCGCCCUCUGCUGGGGCCUUUGUUCACCUACAUGUUGCAGAGACUGAACAUAAAGUGGCAGGUCAUCAACCAGAGGACCUCCGUGAAUGAGGAGGAGGAGGAGGAGCAGGUGGUCUACGAAGACAACGCCGUGACGCAGGAGAUGUUGGAAGAGCAGCUGGUCCGCCUGCUCACCAGGGAGGUUCUGGAUCUUCUCAAUGUGAGCUGUAUUUCCAGAAAAAUGCCUGAACCAGCGGCAGCUAAAGAGGAAAUCGAUGAGGAAGAUGUGGUGAUGGAUUCAGUCCAAGUGGCGUCGUCUCCUCAGCCCAUGGAGGAGCUGACUGAGCUGGGAAAAUGCUUGAUGAAACAUGAGAAUGUGUACAUGUCCCUGUUGACCCUCUCGUUCACCUCGCUGUCCUGGAAAGACACCACAAAUUGCCACCGCACUGCUUCUAUGGUCUGCUGGAACCUCCUGCGGCAGGUCGUGGCAGGUAACCUCCUACCUGAGGCAGUCACGUGGUUCUACACCAGCGUUCUCAGAGCCCUUCAGGUUCACGGGCAGCACGAAGCCUGCAACACUCCCCUCUGUAACCUGGCCAUGCUCAUCUAUGAAAACCUGCGGCCUCGCUACGUUGAGCUGAGGACAGUGAUGACCCAGAUUCCAAACAUCAGCAUCGAAGCUCUGGACCACUAUGAUCAAAGGCUCGUGGACCCCAAUGCCCAGAAAGCUGGAGAGAAGAAGAGACGAGACCAGUUUAAGAAGCUCAUUGCAGGAACCGUUGGGAAAGCCCUCUGCCAGCAGUUCAGGAAGGAGGUUCACAUCCGCAACCUCCCAUCCCUCUUUAAGAACCCGAAGCCAGACAAGGAUUUGGUGGAGACGGAAAACCUGGGCCUCGCGGCUCUCUUCAGCCCGGAGAAUACUGCGCUAUAGUUGCAGAGGACUUCCCACUGGCUGGAAGCUUAGUUCUGUGUUCAAGUUGCUCCUCGACGCCCAGCUGCAGCCGCGUGGCGCUGCCCAACAUGUCUGUCAACUCUCAGCACAUGUCCAGAGCCACAGCAGGACUCACACCAAUGCACGUUAACCUGUUUUUGUUUUUUUUUUACAUUACAGGAGCAAACACUAUUUAACUUUGAGAAUCAAGCAACUCAAACUUUUCGGUUACAUUUUUCAAAGCAGAGUAACUAUUUUUUAAAGAACAAAAUAUAUAACUUCUAGAAGUCCGCUCUGCUUUCUGUAUUGUCACUUUUUUGGUCCAUUUUUUAAUAAUAAUAAUAAGAAUUAUUAUUAUUAUUAUUAUUAUAAGGUAAAAGCUCCAGAAACACUAAGCAUAUCAUAGAUUUGCAGAGGUUAAUUGUGAUUAUUUUUGUUUUUUUUGUUUUUAUGUAUUCAGAAAAACAAUUGUAAUCCUACAAUGGUCAGAUAAGUGAAAUCUGAAGUAGUUUGCUGCAGCGGGAGCCUGUUCAGCGGCCCGGCGAGGGAAACAUAUCAGUAUUAUGUGGCUUCCACAGAGCUGGGCCCAGUUGGUGUUUAAAAACCUUAAGCGUUAGGUUACGUAUAGAGUUGGCAGAUAUGUUGUUUAAGCAGAUUCAGUCUGGGAUGAAACAACCGAGAUCAAACCCUGGUUGAUGGUACGAGCGUCUUCCCGGAUUCUGAUGGCGUCGGUGGCGGUACUUCGGGCUUCAGCGGGUUUUUUAUGACGUGAAGAAAAUAUUUUUAGGAACCUUGAAUGAACUGUAAGAUUUUGUUGUUUUGCAAAAGGCUAAAGUAGAAUCGCAUAUGAGAAUCAGCUGUUUUAUUUAACACACAUUACCAGACGGUGAAGCUAACCUUGGGUAUUCUCUCUACAACUUGAGCGACCCAGAAACUCUUUGGAUUUGCUAAAAAAAAACAUGCAUUUAUAUUUCCACAAAUUACAGACAUAUGUGCCAAAACACUGGUAUAUGAGCAGACAGUGCAAGCUGCAGGCUGCAUAUAAUUUAAAAACUAUUUAAUGAUGUGCUCGUCAGUAAAUGUGUAGCUUAUUCCAAGUGUGUAUGUGUGUAUAUAUGUGUGUAUAUAUACAUACCUGAUGAGUCGACGUUUGUUUUUUUUUCCCUCGUUCUGGUUUUUGAGAACAGGCACUACAUUCCUUUGUUGGUCAAAGGAUUGUCCUUAACAGUUUCUUGAGUCACUGUUUCUUUUUUAUUUUGUUUUUUGGUGUUACCGCAGAUCACAAUUCCCUUGUUUUCUCUUAUUGUUUUAUAUAUGCAGACCAAAAUACAUGGCAGCUCUUCUGGCUUGAUCUUCUAAGAUGCGUGUCAACUGUUCAACAUAUCAGAUGUUGUUUGACUGAAAAAAUAUUUCUGACCCAGAAAAGAAAUGUUUUAAACUUUUGAUUUUUAUGAAUUUUUUUUUUUUUUGUGGUCUAUAAAUAAAUGGCCUUUUCUUUUUCUUUUUUUUUUAUGUCUGUAGAACACUAAGAUUUUCUGUACAAAGAAAAGCAAAUUAGGGAUUUUGAAAGUGUUAUGUGGUUUAUAUUUUUGCUAUAGAUGGGAAGUGUUUUGUAAUGACAAAUGUUUCUGUUGGUUUCUUUUUAAUAGAGCACAGUGACGAGCCGGUGUGCUUCGUCAUAUUAAAUGAAAUGAUUUGCCUCCAA